AUGGGUCAUUUCACAGAGGAGGACAAGGCUACUAUCACAAGCCUGUGGGGCAAGGUGAAUGUGGAAGAUGCUGGAGGAGAAACCCUGGGAAGGCUCCUGGUUGUCUACCCAUGGACCCAGAGGUUCUUUGACAGCUUUGGCAACCUGUCCUCUGCCUCUGCCAUCAUGGGCAACCCCAAGGUCAAGGCACAUGGCAAGAAGGUGCUGACUUCCUUGGGAGAUGCCAUAAAGCACCUGGAUGACCUCAAGGGCACCUUUGCCCAGCUGAGUGAACUGCACUGUGACAAGCUGCAUGUGGAUCCUGAGAACUUCAGGCUCCUGGGAAAUGUGCUGGUGACCGUUUUGGCAAUCCAUUUCGGCAAAGAAUUCACCCCUGAGGUGCAGGCUUCCUGGCAGAAGAUGGUGACUGCAGUGGCCAGUGCCCUGUCCUCCAGAUACCACUGA